AAACUCUUCUUCAUCUUUAAUAUCCGAGCAUAAUAAAUGGAAAGGGCUAAAGGUGGAGCCGCUGGGCGGCCAAGAACAAGAAAGAGAGCCCUGGAAGGUUCGGAACCUGAACAGACAACCAAAAAAAGAGAAAAGGCGACAACAAAGGCCUCAAAUGUAUCGGUUGAAACACAAAACAAGAAUGAAAACACAGAAGAACCGGUUUUUUUAGAUGCUCUCGAAGAAAAGCCUGAAGAUUUGGACGAAAAUGUCGGUGCAAGCCAAAGCGACGUCGCAGUUGCAGAAACCGACACAUCUCCCACCAAAACCAGCGCUGAUAAACCACAGACUUCUGCUCCAGAUGUUACCAAGGAGAAGAGCAAGGCUCCAGAGGCGCAAGCUAAGCCGCCUACUCGAGUCACAACGCCCAGACACAUUGGCAGAGACCAAACUGCUGAGCGGGAAAGGAUCAAGGAGCUCCUGGCUGCCACAGAUUUCGAGUAUGUAGGUCUCUUUUCCUUCCUGAAGAGUGUAGCAAUGGGAGAUAUAUCUCCCAUUGUGGCUGCAGAUGCCCUGAGAACAAAGUACGUGCAUGUGGCUAGGGACUCUGCUAUUGUUCUACGCAUCCUCGAUAUCGUAUCGUUUCUUCUAGAGACUACAGAAUUUCAGGAAAAUCUGGAGCUCUUCAUAGAGUCCAUGGAAAGGUUUGGAAUAACAACAUCCAGAGAAAUUAUAGCAACGAUUGAUGCCAACAAAUUGGAUUCUUGUGGCUACUCUAAUGGUUUGGCCGUUAUAUCUAGAAGAGAAAGAACCAGGAAUUUUUAUGUCCUAAAGGUUCACAGUCUUUGGCGUGAAGCCUCUUCUGGUUACGAUCUCCUCUACAAAUUUUUGUACUUUCAUACUCAAACUGUUAUUCCCCGAGGUGACACCGAUUUAACACAUAUAGAGAGCGACUCAAAAGGUAAUGAAGAGGCAGAAUCUGUACUAAAACGGGAAAUCGAUGAACAGUCUAGUGCUAUGCACUCAAGCGACCCAGCUGAUGAAAGCACAGAAAUCAAAAGGGCGGAUGGGAAGUACGUCUCGACAAAUUUUGGUGACAUUUACUGCAAGCGUAUUAGUGAUGAUAUAUCAAGGAUAGCAGGAAAAUACAACCUAUGUCCUACAAGAGUAUUGUAUGAAGUGUUCACGUGGUGUUGUUUAAAAUGUGAAGACUUGUCAAUGGCAUACAGGCUCUUGAAAGAAUAUCCGAAUGGAAAAUUGGAGGAUGUUAUCAAACUACUUUUGCGUAGCUUUAUCCAUUCCUACGAUCAAGCUGAUGUAGAUAAGUACAGACACUAUAUGGACAAAACGGGAUUACUAUACAGCAAUAUAUACUUGGUGAUUGCAUAUUUGGUGGCUAUGGGUAAAGUGUCCAUGGAUAAAAUUUACGGGCAUUUGGAUAUUAAGGAUGAAUAUUUUACCGAAAUAUCCGAGCAUUUUUAUAAAACUUGUGAUAAAAGACCCGUAAACACGAAUAGGUCUAUAUUGGGAGUCCCCGUACUUUAUUGUAUUGCAAAUUCAUUAUUUAGAGAAAAUGUUACAAUUUCUGAAACCUCUAGAUAUGUACAGAGGCUGUACAGAGCCCAACGCUCUAGGAAUACUAUUCGUUCCGCAAAUCAGGAUUCUAAUGAAGUACCUAGUCUUAAAAUGACCAUUCAUAGGGUUACAAUGGAUAAAAGUUCCGUUUAUACAGCCAGAUCAAUGAUACAUAAGCACUAUCUGGAGUCUUCUGGAGGUGACCCACUUGUACAUUCAAUCGUCUCAAGUGACAACUUUUUUUACGUUAGGGAUAGCAUCUUCGCAAUGGACUCCGCAAAGAUCCGCAUUCUGUCAUCACUCAUUGAUGUUUGCGACGAGUUCUCUGGAAGUGCAUGGAAAGCGGCGGAAAUGGCUAUCCUGCAUUUUUAUAAACUCAAAACUCCAGUAUUCUUGUUUGGGCUUGUAUGCAAAUCACUUUCUGGAGUUAUUAGGCGCUACCUUUCAAACUACCUAAAGAGUCCUGAACUAAUGAACCAGGAGGAAAACGAUGAAUUGCAUAAGCAGGCUAUGGAGACUGUCGAAAAAUACCUGCUUCUGGUCGGUCCAAACAUGUUUUUCGAUCCUAUUGCAUUUUCACUGGUUUUGUCAUUUUUGAAUCGUUCAUUACAGGAAAAUAGAGAAAAGGUCAUAAACAUGUUAUGGAAUAGCAUUUUGCCUGCUCUUUCAUUAUGUACUGAAGGCAAUUCACAGAUUGGGGAUAGGGUAUGGCGCAUAUUUUCUAAACUUGGUGCAUCAGAAAGAUAUCACGUUUACAGCAAGUAUUGCGUGACAUAUCUUGGUUCUAAAAUUACAGAAUCUGAUAACUUCCAAACUCUUUACAAGUCCUUUUCUAUUGCUCUAGUGAGUACCUGCCAUGCUGUUCAAUGCACACGUACCAGAUCAAUAUUCAAACGUGUAACAGCCAAUCUCUUAAAGAGCAGUAAAAGCGCUUCGGUGAGAGCUAUAGUAUCUUUAGUGACAGGAAUAGCAUCGGUAAAUCCGUUUUCUGUUGUUGACACAAUUAUAUCGCAAUGUGAAAUGUUUGAAAAUUUGGUGGCACCCCUCUCUGAACUCUCAAAGUACUUCUCCAAGCUCACAUGUGACGUUUUCUUCUACAAGUUGUCUUGCAAUAUGUAUAAUGUCUCUAAUAUUGAUAGAGGUGUGGAUGAGAUUGGAAGGAGUAAGAAACUUGUUGUAAAUGCCCAACUAUCAGCCAGGCUCUUUAGAAGACACACUGAUGUAGAUAUUGUGCCUCUUGUCACAAAUGUAAUUCUAUUCCUAAUGAAGACUCUGGAAAUGGACACGCUAUCUCUAAAGAAGGAACAAUCAAGUCAUGAGCAAGAAGAUGCUAAAGUGCUAAAACUUGACACACCUGGUGGUACAUAUCCUGACAAACUCUCCAACGCUUGGACGGCACUGGAAUACCUAUCCGCUCUUUUGGAGAUCUCUGGAGUUCCACAACUUGCAGAAACACAUUCACUCACAAUCGACCAGUUGAAUGCACAGGCAGGUGGUCCACUUCUCAAGAUGGAGAUCAUGGCUCAGGGUCCAGAUGAUGAAAUUUCCAGCACAAACAUAAGAGAAUCCCUUGGAAAGACGAUAUUAAGACCGUUUUUUGUACAUUCAGUCCUCCUUUUAUCUGGAAAGUUACGCACGGAAGUACUCUACGAUAGUGAAUUUGCAGAUGGUAUCAGAAGCAUGUGUGGAAUUGCAGAUCAUCUGCAAAGGACAUGUCUACAACUGGUGGAAUAUAUACACUCUGUUGUUUCUGUAAAUCCAAAUUAUCUUGAGCUUUACCAGAAUUUGGUACCUCCAGUAGAAGAGUUGACUAGAUUUUGGGACACUGCAACUGCGCUCUCAUUUUCAAUUAACCCAAGGAGUAACCAUAUGGAGACAAAAGAGAAGGAAAUUUUGGAUGGAGAAGAUGUAGCUCCUCUAUCUCCAAAAUUUUUCAAGCUGGUGCGCAGCUUGAGGCUACACGAUGUUUACGUUCCUCAGGAGCAGUAUGAAAGGUGCAUUCAACGGUUGGAGGAUUGGAUUAAUGAUACAACAAAUAAUACUCAUAGGAAGGUCAAAAAACUUCAUAGCAGACGUGCAUCUUUGCGUGCAGAGUAUGAAUCGCAUAUUUCGCAUAAUUCAAGUAUACACCAGCUACUUGCCGCCCAUUCGGAGGAUUGGCUAGUGGACAAUGUCUCAGUAGGACCAACAAUUACAACAAAAUUUGUCACACAAUGCAUCUCAAAGAGAAUAUUGAUAAGCGAGUCCGAUGCACUCUUUUGUUCCAGAAUAGUAGAUGUUAUGAUUGAACUAAAAUACCGCUAUUUCAACUACUUUGAUUUUACAAACUGCUGGACAAAGAUGCUCAUGCCUCUCGUACGAUCUUGUACAGAAAGAGAAGCCCCGCUGUUGGCAAUUUUUGUAUCACAUCACUUUAGAAAUAUAAAGGCAUGGAUAGCGGACAAGGAAUUGUUCAAGUCUGUGGUAGAUAAACACCCAGCAUUUUGUACAACAUUUCAAUACAACCCAGAAAAAGCCUUGACACAUGAACAGUUACUUUGUGGUAUCAGAAAAUGGGAAGGAAGAGUGUUGAGGGCACUCAGCCAUCCACUGCAGUUAUCAUUACACAAAUCUGGACAAGUGGAUACCGGACGCACAGAAUCACCCAGAAAUUCAGACGUUUCCACAGUUUCUGAUGAAUCCGUAGAUAUUCCAGACUGCACAUGGAUAGAUGUAAAGGGCGCUAUUGUAUUUUUGGCCAGAUGCCACGAAACAUUCCCAAUCACAGCUCCAGCAGGUAAACGGGUUUUGAAUUGCCUCAAAAACGUUGUACAAAAUGCACAAAGAAAUGGAUGGAAAGAUGUGGUCGUUUGUGCAAACACACUCUUGAAAACAAUGGAAAAAUAUGACAGAGAACAUAAAUGGUUGUAA